AUGACCGACAUAGAAGAUAAUUCAACCAUAAUUAGCUCUCAUGAUAUACUUGAAACUGAUUGUAAUAUCGAUUAUGCUGAUAUUGAAAUACCAAUAAAUCCCCCUUUAGAGCCUUACGAGGGUAUGGAGUUUAUGUCAAUUGACGAUGCAAAGAGCUAUUACACAAAUGCAAAGAGACAGAAACAAUUAGAAAAAGGAGAUGCUCAAUUGAUGUUAUCUUAUUUUAAAGAUUGCCAAUUGAAGAAUCCUGGAUUUUUUUAUGCAUUUCAAAUGGAUGUAGAAGGACAAUUAGCAAAUUGUUUUUGGGUUGAUUCAAGGUCUAGAAUGGCUUACAAGUAUUUUGGUGAUGUGGUAACCUUUGAUCCAACAUACUUAACAAAUAGAUAUAAAAUGCCUUUUGUUCCAUUCACUGGAGUUAAUCAUCAUCAACAAUCAAUUCUUUUUGGUUGUGCUCUACUGUGGGACGAAACUGAAGAUAGUUUCUUUUGGUUGUUAAGUACUUGGGUAGAAGCAACGAAUGGAGUUUGUCCUAAAACUAUUAUCACUGAUCAAGACAUGGCUAUUACAAAUGCAGUUGCAAGGGUGUUUCCAAAGGUUAAUCAUCAUUAUUGUAUGUGGCACAUUCAAAAGAAAGUCCCAGAAUAUUUGAACUAUAUUUAUCACGAGCAUGGUGAAUUCAAAAAUCAAUUUCAUAAGUGUAUUCAUCAAUCUAUCACUGUUGAAGAAUUUGAUUCUGACUGGGAAGCAAUGAUAGAUAAGUAUGAGUUGCAGGAUAAUAAGUGGUUAGAAAAGAUAUACUUUAUACGAGAAAAAUGGAUUCCGGCUUUUGUACGUCAAGAUUUCUGUGCUGGAAUGUCUACCACCCAAAGGAGUGAAAGUAUCAAUAGUUUUUUUAAAGAUUUUUUGAAUUCAAGUACUCCAUUGAGCAAAUUUGUGACACAGUAUGAAAAGGCUCUUGAUGCACGAUAUAAUAGUGAAAGACAUAAGACUUUCAAAACAUUGAAUUCAAAACCCCUGUUGCGUACUUUAUAUCCUAUGGAAGAAGAAGUCUCAAAGAUUUAUACAAGAAAAAUGUUUAGGAUAUUUCAAGAUGAGUUGGUUAGCUCUCAGAUGUUUAUAGCGGAAAAAAUUGAUUUUUCUACAGAAGUGUCGACAUACAAGGUUCAUGAAAUUUGCAAAGAGAAGCCUAAUUAUCACGUGACUUUUAAUGUUAUUUCAAAAGAAUAUGUUUUGCGUCGUUGGACUAUAAAUGCUAAGAAAGAAAAAAGUAAGGGAUUGGCAAUUCAAGAACUGCAUGAAGGGAAAAACAAAGAUUCCAGUACUUCUUUGUUUAAUAGUGUUAUGGUUCACUCUCUUGAACUAUCUGAAAGAGCUUCUCGAUCACCAAAACAUCAUGAUAUUGCAAUUCAAGCUUUGCAAAACGUAAUUGUGGAACUUGAUCAAUUGGAUCUUGAAGAAUCAAAAGAAGGACUUAAUAACUCGAACAUUGAAGUUACCUCAAAUUUAUCCAACAAUAAUAUGACAUUGCGUGAUCCUCCAGUUAGAGCAACUAAAGGGAGGCCACGAACAUUGCGAAUGAAAGGAAGUUUGGAAUUGGUCAAAUCAGUUUCGUCUACUUGUAGUUAUUGUAAGAAAAAAGGCCACAACAAACGUAAAUGUCCAAGUUUAAUUCAAUCAAGGUGUAAUAUUACCAAUGGUCAACUUUCAAAUACUGGUGCUGCUGAUGCUGAGGAUUCUAGUUUGAUUCACUCACAGAAAAUUGUAGAGAAGGACGUGUUUCCCGAAGCUUAUGAGGAAGCAAUUAACAAGUUCGGGGGCAUUGAUAACGCGGCCUGGUGGAAUGAAGGCAUUUGGUGCUGGAAUCAGCUUUGUCUUGAUGUUGUCCCGCAGUCUGCUACAACACAUCAGGAGGCUAAAAUCUCAGCGUUAUUACAAGAUGUCAUGCCUUCGAUGUCCGGUGAUGACGAGUUCAAUUGGUUGGAUUAUGAUGGUGAUGGUUUUACGGUUAAAUCGAGUUAUGAGCUGAUGGAUCGUACCAGUUCGACAUAUGUUUUUCUUCUAUUAUCAAAUGUUGUACGCAAGCGGUUCGUUUUGUUUGUCAUGUACUUCAAACCAAUGAGAUUGGACAAUAUUGUCGGCUAG